GCGUCAUACCGAUGUCAGUCAAACUACCGAUGCCGAUUUUUCAUACGGCCUAUUAGGAUUAAGACAGGCAUUACAGCAAACCAGGACUUCUAAUUAUUUUAUUUUCAUAUUAGUACCGAAUUGCUGCCUGGUUUAACCCUCGUUCAAUUCAACUAUCCCAGUACCUAAUCACCAUGUCUGCCAAUCCAUUCCUCUUAGCUGCCGACAAUAGCCCAGAUCUACUACCUCUCCUUCGAGAGAAUCCUAGUCUAGCUUCAGAACAGGAUCCUCACGGCUACUCCCUGGUUCAUGCGGCAGCAAGUUAUAACCAUCUCGACCUCCUUCGUUCUCUAAUUCGCGAGUUUAAUGUGGAUGUCAACUUGCGCGACGAGGACGAGGAGACGGCUCUUUUCGUCGUUGAAACUGUUGAAGCUGCUCGCGUUCUAGUUGAGGAGCUGGGGGCUGAUAUUACAAUCAAAGGCUCUGAAGGAUAUACGGCUUUCCAGAAAAUAGUCGAAGAGGGUGAUUUCCCAGAGGUUGCCGAGUACCUAAAAAGCAAGGAAGAGGCCAGUCGCGGACAAGCCCUGUCGAAUGGGACCGAUAGGACCAAUGGGGACAUAAACGCCGCGCCGCCUGUACCAGAGGGCCUCAACAUAUCUGUUAGCACAGUUACGCCUGCAGAGGAGACCGAACUCGAAGUUGAUCCCGAAUUUCGAAGAAGGAUAGAACAGUUGGCUGAACGGGACGACUUUCACUCCGAUGCUGGCCAAGCUGAGCUCAGGCAGCUAAUCCAAGAUGCCAUAGCGGAACGUAAUCCUGCGGAUCGCAACGUUCGUCCGAGGCAAGACUAGCCAGAUUGGAUUCAUCGACUAGAAAUACGAUACGUAUCUCAAUUCUGUUUCCUGAUAUCCCAGAGAAGAUAUUCCCUUGGCGAGUUAGGUGGUCUAAAGAUGGUACAAUCGGCGCUAUCUCCUGCGAUAUCCCUCGCGAAUGUUGUAGUGCUUAGCGAGAACCAUGACUUGGCUGGCAGGGCGAGUAUUACCUCCGCCAAGGUUUGUCGAGUCCACCUUGGCGGAAUAAACCCUUGCCAGCUAACUCGGCACAGCUUGCCUUCCUGA